AUGGCUGAUGUUGAAAGUUUUGAGAAACUCAAAGCUACCCAGCAAUUGUUAAAGGCUAGUCUACAGAAAUCUACAGCUCUUUCUUCAGCUAUUGAUGAAACUGGGUCUAGGUUGGAAGGCAUGAAGCAGAGAUUGCCAUCUUUGGAAGCUGCAAUGAGGCCCAUCACCAUGCAAAGAUGUGGAUAUUCUGCAAUUAGGGACCAAAUCAAUGGUGCCAUUGGCCCUGCUGCUGCUGUUCUCAAAGCCUAUGAUGUCGUUCGAGAGCUUGAGAAGUCACUCUCUUUUGCAUCAUGUUCUGAUCUUCCUGCUUAUCUUUCAGCCACCAAACGGCUUGAAGAAGCAUUGAGGUUUCUUGCUGACAACUGUGAGCUGGCAACUCAGUGGCUGCAGGACAUUGUUGAGUUUUUGGAAGGCAGUGCAUUUGCCAAUGAUCGAAGCCUUUUGAGUGUGAAGAAAGCUCUCAGAAUUCUACAGGAGUUGCAUGCAAUCGAGGGUUCAGCUCGUCGUGACGGAGGGCUUCUCAACGAGGCAUUCAACGAACUUGAAGCUGAAUUCAUAAUUUCAUUAAUGGAAAGCAGUGCUACUACGAUCACCAGCAUUGCUUCAUCACCAUUAUCAGUGCUUGUAAUUCAAAAGCUUCAAGCCAUAGUUGAGAGAUUGAAUGCUGCUGAUCGGCUUGAAAAGUGCAUAUUCGUGUACGCUGAAGCUCGGAGCAGAGCAUUGACUCCUGCAUUGACCAAUGGGGGAAGCAUUUGGAGUUGGUUGUGA